CCAUGGCGGUGGUGAAGCAAAUUAUGAAGCGUUGCUCAGGUUUGAGGAGCAAUAAGAACAAGAACAAUCAGCUGCAAUGCGGCGGCGUUGGCGGCGGCGGUACGGGGGAGAUCCCGGUGGAUGUGCCGAAGGGGCAUUUUGUGGUGUAUGUGAGUGAGAAUAGGAGCCGCUACAUCGUGCCGCUCACGGUUUUGACGUCGCCUGAGUUUCAAAUUCUUCUCCAAUUGGCUGAGGAGGAGUUCGGGUUUAGUCACCAUAUGGGCCUUACUAUCCCUUGCGAGGAACAGGUCUUUCAGUCCCUUACUUCCAUGCUCCUAUAAACCCGAGCUGAAUCGAAUUAUAUUGAAUCGAAUCUAACAUGUCAUCGAAGUAUUUAGUAUUAUGGAUACCCAAAUCUCUCUUUCGAGUAGCUAUUUUCGGUUAUUAAUACACACCAAAAUUUUACUCGAAAAAUUAUUCGAAGAGAUUGGAAGAAUGUAGCUGACAAUUUUAAUUUCUAGAGAUUUUAGCUAGAAUUCUCUCAAACA